UAGAACAUAGAACACCUAAGAGCUUCGUCGUCUGUCUUAUAAAUUAUAGAUGCUUGGUUGUCUAUAUAUAGAUUUUAAACUAUCUUAAUUUAUUAUACUCUUUGUAGAUAAACCACAGGUAAAACGUAUCAGUUUAAAAAUACAAGCAAUGUGAAAAUUUGUCAAUGUCAAAGUCAUUUCGUAAUUUCGAAUUUCAUUCUAUUUUUGAUUUGAUCGUUUCAUGAAUUGAAAUGAAACUAAUCUAAAUAUUUUUAAAUAUACUUUCUAUUAGAAAUAACGUUCACACAUCGACCUCACUAAGUUAACUAUUUCGACCUAAAGAAGAUCUAGUUGUGACCUAAUUAACCGAUAUGACGAGCAAUAAAGAACAAGAACCCGCCGUUUUAGCCCAACAAUGUUUUAUGAAAAAAGACUACGUUUCUGCAUUACAACAUCUAAACGAAUUAGAAAAUUUAGUUGGUAACAAUAAUAAACGUGUACAGCACAAUAAAGCCGUAGUUGAAUUCAUGGCUAGUGAUAUGAAAAACGUGGACAAAUUCAAGAAAGCUAUUGCUCAGUUGACGAAUCUGACUUUUCCUGAUAUAGAAAUAAAGGAUCAAAAUUCUCCGUGCCUCUUCUACAAUUAUGCUGUACUUCUCUAUCACUCGCGUUAUUAUUACCAAUGCGUGUUCUUAUUGGAAAAAAUACUUUCUUUCAAAAACAUUAAAGAUAGUAAGUUGUAUCAACAGAUUGUACUUCUCCUUCUGGAAGCCACAUUAUGUAGACGUACUUACGAUAAAACAUUAGAGGUAGCUAAGAUGUAUGGAGAAUCAUUGAAAAAUAAUAAUGAAGUUGGUGAGUUAUUUGAAAGGCUUGUAAAUAGAGCACAGCUUUUGCUGGGCCAGAAGAUUAAACUUAACUUGAAGACUGACUCAAUUGAGAAUAUAUUUGUUAUUGCUCAGCAACAUUAUAUAAAUGGAGAUGUGAAUGAGGCAGCCAACACUCUUGGUCAGUAUAAAACAUUGAAGUACACUUAUGAUUUAAAAUCUCAAGGUGAAGAUAUAUGGGCUGCUAUAAAUAACAAUCUAGGUGUCAUUUAUUUUUCAAUAAAAAAACCAUACUUAGCUUCUAAAUACUUUCAACAUGCUGUGAAAGAACAUUUCAAAGCUAUGGAAAGUCCAGACAGUGAAAGGCUGAUAGCCUGUAAAGACCGACCUCUCUAUGUAUUUAAUUUAGGAUUAGCAUUACUUGCAGCUAACAAUAAUGAGGGAGCAUUUGAAUGUCUCGUAGAAGUAGCUCGACAUUACCCUAACAACCCUCGAAUAUGGCUGCACUUGGCUGAAUGCUGUGUAAAAAAGUGUUGCAGUGAAGAGGCUCAACAAUAUACUGUAAGAAAACUAGGCAGUGGGCCCCACACACGAAUCCUGUUGGCAAAAGAAAAUAAAGAAAAAUACUCUACUUCGGGUGAAUCCUUUGCAAUACCAUCACUAUCAUUAGAAUUUGCUGCUCUCUGUCUAAGAAAUGCUGUGACAUUGUUACCUAGUCCAGAGGAAGGUAAUGAUGACACAUCUACUUAUCUGGUACAAGCUCCACCUGGACCUCCAAUCAAUUGGAAGCAAAGGUGUGAAAUAAUGAAUUCUACACUUGUCUUACAGAGUUAUAUAUUAUUACACUUGCAAGAUCCACUUUCUGCCCUUACAAGUGCAAAUGAUUUAUUGAGCCAGCCAGAUGUAUCGAACAGCCAUAAAGCAUGGGCACACAUAUAUGCUGCAGAAGCUUUAAUUAAUCUAGACAGAAUAACUGAUGCUGUAGAACAUUUGCAACCACCAAUGAUACAUGAGUUAGUAUCAGUAAUGCCUUAUCAGAUGCGAGACAUGAUUGCUGUAUCUGUGUGGGCAAAAGCUGCAGUCUGUCACAUCCUAAGAGGUGAUCUGGUAACUGCAAGGAAAAUACUAUUACAAAUAAAUUCACCAAGAGUCCUACCAUUGCAGAUGUAUUUGGAAAUUUGUACAGGAAACAUAGAAAAUUGCCAUACAAUAUUAAGAAAAUUAAGAUUUGCCAAUUCAUCACAAUAAUUUAUUUAAUAAAUAUUUAUUUCAAUAUUA